UUUUCAAAAUUCAAAUUAUUUUCAAAGUUACAGCCGUUUUAGUGUCGUGGCAACUAGUCGUGAAGUCCAGUUUUUGCCAAGGGUGCAAUUAUUGGAAGAAUAAAAAAAAAGACGACAUCAGUGCUUAUGAAGACUGGUAUAACGAACACGAAGAUUCUUGCGCAAUAAAUCAUCAAGGAAGUGCUGGGAAGAUGGAAGUUGACGCAGUGGUGGAAAUGUUUAGUAGAUCCGAAGAAAAGCAUGGAGUAAAAUAUGUGAAGUAUAUCGGAGAUGGCGACUCAAAGACUUUUAAAGGUAUUCUUAAUAUAGAUCCUUACAAAAGUAACCCUGUUGUUAUUAAAAAAGAAUGUGUUGGACACGUCCAAAAACGUAUGGGAUCGCGUCUCCGGAAGGCAAAAAAAGAAAAUAGUGGAAUUGGUGGUAAGGGUGCUGGUAAAUUGACUGAUAAAGUAAUCACUCAGUUGUCUGCGUACUACGGAUUAGCUAUCCGUCGUCAUUCUGAAUCCGUUGAAGAUAUGAAACGAGAAAUAUGGGCCACGUACUUGCAUAAAAUUUCAAUUGAUAAGAAGCCUCAGCACAUGAAUUGCCCUCCUGGACCAGACAGCUGGUGCAAGUGGCAGAAAGCAGCGGCCGAAGGAACUGAGGAUGACUUUCACCAUGAAAAUCCACCUCUAACUGAUAAGGUCUGGAAUCCCAUGGGUUUGCUGUUAGGCGCAACGCAGUAAGGAUUGAACGGUCUGAGGUUCGAGCUUCAGAUGCUUCAAAAGAGGAAAGAACUGCUCGUUAUACAGAGCGAAAUGCUGAAAAC